GGGGCGGUCCCUCCAUCGCGCCCCGCCCUGUCUUUCCUGCCUGCGCGCCGGGGGCGGAGCUUGCGCGGCGUGCGGCCCGAACCCUUCGGACACCGGCGGGGGCUGGAGCCAUGGCAGACGGAGUCCGGACGCCUCAGGCUCGGGCACUCCUGCAGCAGUGCCUGCACGCCCGGCUGCAAGUUCGCCCAGCCGAGGGGGACGCCGCGGCCCAGUGGGUGGAGAUUCAGAGAGGAUUAGUGAUCUACGUGUGCUUUUUCAAGGGAGCUGAUAAAAAACUUCUUCCCAAAAUGGUUAAUACACUGUUAAAUGUGAAAUUGAGCGAGACAGAAAAUGGCAAGCACAUCUCUAUAUUGGAUCUACCUGGCGACAUUCUUAUCAUCCCUCAAGCCACCCUCGGGGGAAGAGUAAAAGGAAAGAACAUGCAGUAUCACUCUAACUCUGGAAAAGAAGAAGGGUUAGAACUUUAUUCUCAAUUUGUGACUCUAUGUGAAAAAGAAUUAGCUGCUAACAGCAAGUGUGCUGAAGCUGGCGUUGUAGUGGAACAUGGCACUUACGGGAACAGGCAGGUGUUAAAGCUGGAUACCAAUGGACCAUACACACAUUUAAUUGAGUUUUGAAAAUUAAAAAUUAGUUUCUAUAGCUGCUUUAUGGUAUUAAAUGAUCUGAACUAUAUUAAGAUUUUCUUCCCCUUCAUCUUGAAAACACUAAUCUGCAGCAUUUUUAGACAAGAAAAUCCUGGGUCCCUUAUAUAACUCUGCAACCUGCUAAUUGGGUGACCUUGCCAAGUCACCCAAACGCUCUCUGAUCUCAGUCAGCUUUUGUCCUGCUUUCUCCUACCCUUCCACUUGAAAAUUUGAGAAAUGCUGUCUAUUGACUUC